AUGAAACUUGUUUCAACCUUGAGCAUCCUUGCUCAUCUCUCCCUUGCUUACUUUGUUCCCCUUUCUCGGAGCUCUGGCUCCGACUCCGACCCCGCAUCCUGGGGCUCAGACUCCGACUCCUUCGAAUCGGAAGAUACGUAUGACUACAUCGUUGUUGGUUCCGGCCCAGGCGGCGGACCACUUUCAGCAAACCUAGCAAGGGCUGGGCACUCGGUCCUACUCCUGGAAGCCGGAUCGGACGAAGGCACGAAUCCAAAUGUAACUCUUGUGGCCAACAUUAACAAAGCCAUAAACGAUCCAAGCACACACUGGAACUUCUGGGUGUCGCACUACGAUGACCCGGAAGAGGAGGCCAAGUACCUUCAUCAAGUAUGGCAAGCGCCUGAUGGAUCAUACUAUGUAGGCCAGCAUCCUCCUGUCAAUUCCACUGGCUAUGAGAGACUCGGAAUCUGGUAUCCUCGCGCGGGCACUCUGGGAGGAUGCGCGAUGCACAAUGCGGCAUCUUCGAUACUGCCAAACGAUGAAGAUUGGAAUUUUAUCGCGGAUUCGACCGGAGACGAGUCCUGGACCGCCGAGAACAUGCGCAAAUACUUGGUGCGUCUAGAGAGGAACCUUUAUUUGCCCCGCGGCACUCCUGGACAUGGGUUCGACGGAUGGCUAAACACGACGAUGAGGCGCGGAAGCUCGGGGAAUCAGACAGGAGUAUCAGAUGGAACGAUAAUCGCAGAAAGCUUGGUACGAGUCACUGGUGGGGAUCCCAGCCAGGCGUUGCAAUACAUACAGAGGGAUCCGAACGCUCUGGAUCCACAAAGAGAUUUCAAGACUGGAAUAUUCGGUGGCGUAUUGCACGCAGAUCAACAAGGCCACAGGGACAAUCCGAACAACUAUAUCCAUGCUACAUUAGCAGACGCAAGUAACUACCCACUGACUCUUCAACUGAACAGUCUGGUAACGAAGAUCUUGUUUGAUGACGAGAAUAAAAGACCAGAAAAUAGUGUGCCGACUGCUAUCGGUGUUGAAUACCUACAAGGCCAAAGUCUGUACAAAGCUGAUCCACGCUACAAUGCAAACCAACGAGGCGUUAAGCGACAGGCCUAUGCAAGACGCGAGGUUAUUAUAUCUGGUGGUGUCUUCAAUAGUCCGCAGAUCCUCAAGCUCAGUGGUAUCGGACCGGCCAAGGAACUAGCCAAUUUCCAAAUUCCUCUAGUCAAGGACCUUCCCGGUGUCGGUACAAAUGUGGGAGACAACUACGAAGGAGGCCUUGUAGCACUCGCCGCACGCGAAAUCGAAGGGGACGUCGCCAGUGCUCAAGUUUUUCUGAAGUCAAGCCAAUCCGAACGCGUCCGCGACAUUCAUGGCUUCUGCGGCGAAUUCAUCCUGGAGGGAUUCUGGCCUGGACUCCCGAAUGAUUACGGGCCAAACCAGUAUGAAUGUUCGUUCGUUAAAAUGAGACCGCGGAGCCAAGCGGGGACUGUCACGUUGAGGUCUGCCGACCCAAGGGACAUUCCAGACAUCCACCUCAGGUUCUUUGAAAAGGGCGAGGACGAGGACCUUCAGGCAAUGCUAGAAGGUAUCAAGCUCGCGAGAGCGGCCCUGGACGACAUAAGAACUAACUUGGCACCAUUUACGGAACUGCACCCGUGUACAAGAGUGGGCUGUACAGAUGAGGACCAGAAGGAGUACAUAAAGUCGCAGGUUUACUCGCAUCAUGCGACUGGCACUUGUGCUAUUGGAGAUCCUAAUAAUCCUUGGGCUGUUGUGGACUCGAGGUUUCGUGUCAUAGGCAUCGACAACCUGCGCGUGGUUGAUGGCUCUGUUUUCCCUGUGCAGCCGGGAUCUUUCCCUGUCUUGCCGACGUUCAUGUUGAGCGAGAAAGCGUUGGAGGUUAUUUUGGCUGACGCGGAGUAGAUGGGAUCUCGGUUUGUGAUGUUAUCAGAUCGAGCAGAUUAGGGAGUGGGGGAUCGGAUCGGAGCGGAUCAGAUGAAGGGUUGCCAUUUACCUAGGUAAGAGUUAGGUAGGUGGGGGCGGAGCAGAAGGACGAGACCUUGUUGAUCAAUUAAAGUAAAGCUAGAAGCCUACCUCUUUACGUAUACAAUAUAUAUGUGUACGCGCGAAACAAACAGGUGAGUACCUAUGUAGGCGCUAUACAUCACGGCACGAAUAGCAGU